UCACUGCAGUGUGUAGUGCCCAGGAGAGAGAGCUCAAAGACCUUGCGUUGCAGUCAGUUAUGUUGAGAAGAACGAGAACUGAAAAACACUAAGAAUUUGACAGAGUUGCUGGAGGAAGGGGAGGAGCCACUCAAUCUCUGGGCGACUGAGUCAGAGUUUGGAACAACAACAGCAAAAGACAAGAGAUCCUCCCAAGGAGUAAUGCAGUCACAAGAAGAGGCAGAAGAUGAAGAGAAUUUAGUAAAAUGCUCGAACGGGAUUAUGAACUGAUGUCAUGCAGUUCUUCUGAAGUUGUAGGACACUGCAGAGUCUGUAGACGCAGCUACUUGUGCUUGUUGGCCUCAAUCUCCACCGUGCAAAUUGUAGAGUUGAAGAUUUAUAGCAAGCUGCACUUUACAACUGUAAAUCUCCCCAAGCAUCGGCAGCAGCCUUUAUCGGCAUGAAGCGUUGGUUUUCCUGUGCCUCUGGGCCAUUUCAGACAUCAGAUUGGAACAAAUAUGAUGAUCGGUUGAUGAAGGCAGUGGAGAAGGGAGAUGCGGAUAAAGUUACAUCUCUUCUUGCCAAAAGAGGAAUAGUCUGCACUAAGUUGGAUGUGGAAGGCCGAUCAGCUUUCCAUGUGGCGGCUGCGAAAGGAGAUGUUCCCUGCAUCAAUGCAAUGUUGUCUCAUGGAGUCGAUGUCAUGGCGAUAGAUGCUGCAGGCCGAAGUGUGUUGCAUCUUGCUGCUCAACAUGGCCAGCCACUCUGUUUGCAGCGGUUACUCCAGCAAAAUUGCCCUGUUGACAGUGUAGAUCUUCAUGGUAGAUCUGCCCUUCACAAUGCAGUGGUGGCUGGCUGCCCUGCAUGUGUGAAGCUGCUGUUGGACCAUGAGGCUGCUGUGAACAUCAAGGAUGGGGAUGGACAGACCCCUCUCAUGUUGGCAACACAAAAGUGUCAUCCAGAAAUCUGUCGGCUUUUACUGGAGCGGGGGGCAGACAUCAACUUGAGGGAUAAGCAAAACAGGACUGCUUUGAUGAUGGGCUGUGAGACUGGUUGUAAGGAUGCAGUGGAAGUUUUAUUAAAUCGUGGUGCUGAUGUCACUUUGACGGAUGACUUUGGCCACAAGAGUUUGUAUUACGCUCAACUCUCCAAAGACCCGGAGUUGUUGGCUUUGGCUAGAGCAGCAAUGGAGAAGAAGGUGAAAGCAAGGGAACCUAGCACGAAAUCGCAACACGUGACUCAGGUUCCUGAACUGUCACAGAAAAUAGAUCAAAGGCAUUUUCAUGCUGAAACACAGACAGCACAGAGUCAGAAGGAACAACGCAUUGUAAAGGAACUUCAAAUUGAAAAUGAGGACCUUAAAGGCAAGUUGAAAAAGCAACAGCAAGAUCAGAGGCUGUUUCUAGAAAGACUCAGUGGACUUCAGAAACAACUGAACCAGGAAUGCAAGGCAGUGGGAGAUCUUCAAAAUGAGAGACAGCAACUGAAAAACCUAUUGCUGGCACGCGACCGAGAACAGGAAGACAACAUGAAGGUACUCGAGAGUCUGAGAGCCAAGCUUAGAACAUAUGAGAGUGGGCACUUCUAUGAGCAGAUGGCAGCAAGUAUCCCAAUGGUGAAGGUGAAAGAAGAAAUGGCUGUGAAACAGACUAAUUUUCCUGCCACAGAGUCACAGCAUCCUUCCAAGUUGGCUGUUGGAUCAAGUGAGGUGAUAGCACCGUUUCAAAGCACGCCUGAGGUAAAUGAGAGUUUGAGAAAGGACUUGGAAAUGACGAGAAAAAGGUUUGAGUUGGCAAGGAAGGAGGUAAACAACCUUCAACUGGAGUUGUUGAACAGGAAUAAACAUUGCGAAGUCUUGAACGAUGAGUGCAAGCGUGUGAAACAGGAAUCGGAAGAGCAGAUCAGGCAACUGGAAGAUGCCUUAAGUGAAGUACAAAAGCGAAUGUUUGAAUCGGAAGGAAAAGUGAAGCUCCUGCAAGCUCAUGUCAACGCGCUCAAAGAUCACCUUUCAAAACAAGGUUCUGCAGGAAACAAUCGAGCAGUGGAUGAACUCAAAACUCAGUUGAAGGAUGUGAAAUCGAAACACGAGGAAGCAUUGUCGGAGGUGGAGAGGCUCCAAAACCAAAUCAAACUUGGCGUUUUAUCAAUACAGGAAUCGGGUGAGGUUAAGCAAGUGGAUAGAUACAAGGAGGAGGUGAGAGAGAUGAAGCAGGCUUUAACCAUGUCAGAGCAAAAGAAUCAAGAAACAGAGAGAAAGAUAAUUGGAAUGGAGAAUGAACUGAAGAGCAUGGAGAAAAAGAUAUCGCAGUGUGUACCAGCUGAAGAGUUUGAGAAUAUGAGGAAUUCGUUCAUCAGUGGUUUGGAAGAGAAGGAGAAGCAGGUACUAGAAGCAAAGGAUAAAUAUAAUAGAGCUCAAAAGGAAGUUGUCCAGCUGCAGAAAGAACUGGAGAGAGAGAGGGCUCAAGCAGCUGCAUGUGUGAAGAUGGAACAAUAUCAGUCGUUAAAGAGUUCCUUUGACAGUCAGGGGGAGAAAGUUUCUGAUAUAACCCAAAAGCAGCAAAAGCUACAAAAAGAAAAUGAAGCUAUUCAGCAGGAAAAUGUUCGCAUCAAAUCUGAACUAGAAGGCUUGAAACACAAAAUUCAAGUGGAGUAUGUACCUUUGAAAACCCAUGACUCGUUAAAGUCUUCAAUGAAUCAAACUGUACAAGACCUGAACAAGCAAGUUUCUAAGGUGUCACAAAAGUACAAGGAGGCUUUGAAAGAAUCAGAAAAGUUAAAAGUUGAGAAGAAUACAAUAAGGGAUAACCUGAAUCAUGUGCAGACUCAGUAUGUAUCUCCAGAAAAGCACAAGAAGGAAAUAACAGCUCUAAAUUCCAUUGUUAGCAAAUCAAAGACUGAGUUGGAAGAACUCAACCAGAAGUAUAGCCUGGCACAGAAGCAGACAGAAAAUGUACUCCAAGAAAUUGCUGCUUUGAAAGACUCUUUGAAAAGUCAAUAUGUCCCCUUGGAAAAACAUGAGGAAUUGAAAAAGGUUCUGAAUGCUGCCUCAGAAAAAGCUGCACUUGAAUUGUCAUUAGCAACAAAGCAAUGCAGUGAGGUGCAGAAUGAGAUGGCAAGGAGUGAGCAAGAGAAAAAUCAGUUGAAAGAACAGCUAGUCAUCCUUCAAGAUCGAAUGCAAAGAGAGUACGUACCCCUUCAGCAGCAUGAAGAAUUGAAGACUACCCUGAACUGCAGAGCGGAGGAACAGCAGAAGAAAGUUGAUGAGGCUUUGUCAAAAUACAAGGAAGCUCAGGAAGAAACCGUUGAGCUUCGCAAAGAAAAAAUGAACCUUGCAAAUGAGCUUCAUAUACUACAGGAAUCCCUCAGUUCGCAGUAUGUUCCUCUGGAAAAUUAUGAACAGAAACAGAAUGAAUUUAAUGUCUCUUUGAAAGAACUGAUGAAUCAGUUGACCGAAAAGACCCAGCAAUGCUCUGCGUUUCAAGAGGAAGCUAAAAAGUACAAGAAAGAGACUGAAGAGCUGAAGAAAACAGUUGGACAUUUGGAAGAAAACUUGGAGAAACAUUAUGUUUCUAAAGAUAUAUACGAAGAAAUGGAAAGCAAGUUUGUUAAUGGAAUGGGUGAAAAGGAUGAGCAUGUGGAAAAAGUGAUGAGGAAGUGUGCAGAUGUUGAAUUGCAAAGUGAAAGAUCACAGAAGGAAAAUGCCAAACUGCAGUCAGAUAUCCAGGCAUUAAAAGAGAGUAUACAGUUAAAGUACAUCCCUGUUGAAGAGUUUGAGGCAAUGAAAACAUCGCUGAACAACAGAGUUUUGGAGCUGCAGAAAGAAAAGGAGAAGAUGAAGACUUCUUGUGCACAGGAGCAGCAAAAGGUAGAAACCCUGUUGCUCCAGUUAGACGAUCAGAAGAAGAGUUCUCUACCACUUCUAGAGCAUACAGAAUGGAAAGAGAAGAUGGACACUGAUAUUGCCAGACUGAAGAACCAGCUGAAUGAGCGAGAAGAGGAAUUGAGAGGAAAGGUUACAGAGAUUUCAAAACUGCAGGCAGAUGCUGAAGCCUUGAGCAGGACAAUUACAGAACUGAAAACAAAGGAGGCAAAUGACCUAUCAAAGCAUGAAACGGUGAAGAGUACAUUAGAGGCUCAAGUAAUAUCAUUAAACAAAGACUUGGCAGAGUUGAAAGAGAAGGAGGAUCAAAUGUGCACUGAAAUAUUACGUGCCAAAGAGAAAGAACUAUCGGCAAAAGAUGAAAAGGAGACUUUUCAAUCGCGUUCCUUCAGCUUUGAACAAGAAAUUAAAGAACUUAAAAAUAAAUAUGAUGAUUCCAUGGCAACGAUUUGUGAUCUGCAGAAAAGUAUUCAGGAAUCUGCGAAGCAAAUUGAGGCCAAGGAUAACAAGAUCACUGAGCUGUUAAACGAUGUGGAGAGGCUAAAACAGGCGCUAAAUGGCCUGUCUCAGCUUUCAUACUCUGCCACGAACCCAAAGAGACCAAGCCAACAGAUGGAGGCCCUCCAGGCUCAAAUCAAAGAUCUGCAGCAACAGCUGGCUGAUGCUGACAGGCAACAUCGAGAGGUCAUUGCAAUCUAUCGAACACACCUACUCAACGCUGCCCAGGGUCACAUGGAUGAAGAUGUACAAGCUGCCUUGUUGCAAAUUAUUCGGAUGCGGCAAGAGUUUGUCUGCUAGCAGAGUUCCUGGAGGCCAAUUAUUUACUAUUGCUGUAUUAAAACUCUAACCAGAUUACUCCAGUUUUGCUGUAGCAUUUAUCCCAGUGGCCUAAAUUCUUCAACUGUGAUACUCAAUCCCCUAUCUCCAAUAUCUCCACCCCCUCACUUUUUAUAUACACAAAAAAAAGUUAAGCUAUUUCCAAUUCCUGUUGACUUACCUGUUGGUAAUUCCAGGUUUUCAUUUAAAUGCGGAAGUGUAAGAAACAAGUUAGCUUAUUGGAACAUCACAAAAUAAAUUCUGCAGACUGACAAAAAGUUUUUUCAUCUGAUGUCACCCUUGUUGGACUAUAAACAUUCAAUACCAAGCACGUAGGCCUUUUCUCAACCUUCUCUACCUGGGAAAUGUGCAACUACAAAGAUUUUCAUGUGACUUCCAACUGAAGGUGUAGCAUCUGCAAUUGAACUAGGAUUGUAUUAUCUGGUAUUUACAGAACUUGUGUGAAAAAUUGCUGCAAAUUGAACAAACAAUGUUUUUUAAAAAAAGUUGUUUUUUGAACAAAAGACAAAAGCUGUAACCCCUCCUCGCUUCAGCCUUUGGGUCCAAUGAGUUGGGAAUUCAUAAGGAAGUUUCCACACUUCUAACUAAUUUAAGAAUGUCUACACUUUUUAAAAAAAUAUCCAGUCCAAAACUGCAAUGGCAAUAGCACAGCAAGAAUGUGCUUUUUGUGCUUUGAGCUAUCAGUAGUAAUGACUUAUUCCAAGGUCUUUUGACCUGCCAGCACAGACUGACUCUUCAUAUCUGCGCUGAAGGAUGGAGGGACACAGUUGCCACAGUUUUGUUUCAUGAAUUGGUUUUCUGGAUAAUUUAGUUUGCUUUUCAAAAAAAUCAUCCCUAUUUUCCCUACUCCUGCAACUUUCCCCAAUCUGAUAACAUGCUGGAGGAUGUUUGGGAGCAACAUGAUGUCAGUCUUUUUGAAAGCGGGUUUUUUUUUUACCUGAUUCAAACUGUAGGACAAAGUCAACAUCAACUGUAGGACACUUGAAAGUUAGCAGCUUGCUCACCAACUUGCCAGGCUAUACUCCUCCUGCAUUUUGUGCCUUUUUUUUUAAAGUUUGGAUUUGCAGUUUUCAUUUUUCCUCCUCGUUCUCAAAACUUGAUCUUCGAUUUCCCCUGACACAUCAUUGCACCCAGACCACCAUCUGCUAAAUUCCUGAUCUCAUUCUGACAGUGUGGAAGUUUUGCAAUGGCCCCAGUUUGUCUCUGUUCCUCACUGCAAAGGUUUAGGGAAAAAGAGACCAUAGAUCAUACAAACAUUUGUAUCAAAGCUUGAUCAUUACCUUAAGGCUAAUGCUGUCAUGGAAGAUAAAAUGGGGUGGGUCCUUUCUCACAUGACAUUAAAAAAAACUGAUUAAUCUGCUGGCGAUCUGGAAUAUUAUUUUCCCACUGAAUUUCAGGGACUCUGUAUUUAAUAUAUAAUUUGAAAGCGGAGAAUGGAAAAGAUCAUUCAUUUAAGAAAAGCUUUCAGCAAUCUGGAUAUGACAAAGUAGAAUCUCCUGUAUUUUUUUUGGAAAAGGUCUUGAAAUUACAUUGAACAACCAUUUGUGCAUUUAUAUGUAAAUGAAUUUGUGGAAAAUUCCUCCUAUAAUGACAGAGGAGUAACCUACUUUAAAUUAGAGGGUUAAUACAGCAGUGAAAGUGGCUUGGCAAAGCUUUUUCAAAAUGAACACAUUUGGCAUUUCUACAGCAAUGUUCAUAUGGUGUAUUUCCAGGUUGAAGCCAACUCCAAUGUAGAGAUUUCUCAGUAGUGUUACUUGGCUGGCCAAGUCUCAGUUCUAAUUUAACUAAGUUAACCAACGUGCUUUCGUUUUGCAAAAUACUAAUGCAAUUUGUAGAUUUGCAUUGGGUUCCUGCUGUAUCUUAUUACGUAUUAAUGCAGUUGAAAGAACUAUUUUUCCAAUAUAUAUCCUUUAUAGAACUGAGUUACAGUGAUAUUUCUCAGCUGGACUGGUCUGUCUGUUUUUGUUACUGAAUAAUGUGGAUACAUAGGCAGCUUCUGUUUAAUUUUGAGAGUAUGCAACAUUUUACUCUUCAUCCACACUAAAAGGUUAACAAUUAAUACUGUGACUGGAACAAUCAUUUUGUGAAUGAAUAUCAUUUAUCUAAUUAUAGACCUACAGCUGUAAAUGAUAGUUAAAUUUCUUUGAGACUCGUUAUAGUGUACUGUGCUAUCAUCCCACCCCAUACCAUUGUAAGCUAGGUUUUAAUUUAUGAAAGUCGUGGUUGUAAUCAGGAAAAUAACACUUCCAGUUUGAAGAAAAAAUUGUUUUUCAGGGAUAUCAAGUUUUGUGAAGCUGGUGUCUGUGCUUUGACCUAGAUCACUACUUCUAUUGUAUAUUCAUGUGCACCCACUUAAAGUUCUGGUCUAACAUGAGACUUAAAUCCCAGUGUUGACUGGAUAAAAUGAAUUUGUGCAUUA